UCUACCAGAACUCUUAAGCGGGUAACCAGAUAUUCAAAAACAAUACGUCAGCCCACAAUGCCCUGCACAGAGCCCAGGCAUUACCUCAUCCCAUAAUGCUCUGCGAAAAGGGGGUUGAGAAGCUUCUAGGGGUGGGGUGGCCAUGGAGAUGGGAGUCUUUGCAACAGGCUGGGCCAGCUACCCUCCUCCCCCUGAGACGUCGCUGUAGCCAAUGGGAAGGCCUCGGGGUGACAUCAUGGGCUAUUUUUAGGGAGUUACUGCUCUCUGAUAAGUGUCGGCUCCACGCUGGGAAACGGCUCAGAGUUGGGUUGAAUGUGUGGCUGAGAACGCAGAGACGUAAAGCGGCCGGCUUCAAACGAGAGGCCCCAGAAGAGCACGCAGCGAAGCCGUUCCCAGCGUUCAGUGACACCGUCGAGUAGCUGAAACUUUGCUGAGAGAACAGCCGACGGGACUGUAGUCAACGCGCGGUGGCUUCUGGUAACGGAGUGACUUUGGGAUUCGCUCCCUCCGCCAGGCCAAGGAGAGAACUUGCCUGAUCACUCACCGCGCCGGUGGGACUUGCCCCUGAGUUGACUUUUCUGGACCCCGAAGAGACGGCAGCGAAAGGGGAUCUCGUGGCAGCUUUUAGGAGCGAGUUCAGCCGGUGAGCGGGAAAGCUUUUGACAGCCUCUCGGGAGAAAAGGGAGAGGAGGACUCCAACAAGUGUGUUUGAAGCUCCCCAGCGCUCCAGCAACAAGGGCGCUCCCACGAGGAGAGGAAAAAAGAGGACUUCGCGGGGUGGGGAAACGAAGUUUCUGGACUUGUGAUCCGUGCCCAGAUCGACAAGGAGUAGUCCUAACGAAGGCGCUUAAAAGUUUUCGAAAUCCGGGAUUCCUUGGUGGAAAGAGAAAUCCCACCAUUCAAGAAGUGAACUUUCUUUCGAUUGCGCUCAAGAUUCUGGAACUGAUGCUCGUCUCGAGUCGUUUGAGCUGAAAAGGCGUCUGCUUGACAAAUCCAGCCCUCCUCCUCUACUGAAGGGGGGCAAGAGAAAAAGAAGAGCCAACCCAAUGCCUUGUGGCUAAAAAGUAAGACUUUAAUUCGUCACUCCUCCUUUUCUGAAGGGCUCUUUCAUUGUUCUUUUCUACAGGGGGGGGUGAACUCUUGCGGCCAGACCCUGUUGUUUUAAGUGGAAGCAAAUAGAAAAGGUUCCUUUUCUUGGUCUUUUCUUAGUUGUAAGAGAACCAACUUGUGGACGGUAUUCUAUGACUGCAAAGAUGGAACCUACUUUUUAUGAUGAUGCUAUAAAUGCUACCUUUGUACAGCCGGAAAGUGGUACUUAUGGAUAUAACAAUCCCAAAGUUCUGAAGCAGAGUAUGACUCUGAAUCUGGCUGACCCUGCCAGUAACCUCAAGCCCCACCUGAGGAACAAGAAUGCAGACAUCCUGACCUCCCCAGAUGUAGGCCUCCUCAAGCUGGCAUCUCCUGAACUAGAAAGGCUGAUCAUCCAGUCUGGCAAUGGCCUGAUCACCACCACUCCUACCCCGACCCAAUUCCUCUGCCCCAAAAAUGUCACUGAUGAGCAAGAAGGGUUUGCGGAAGGCUUUGUCAGGGCACUUGCAGAACUACACAACCAAAACACCAUGCCAAGUGUUACUUCUGCUGCCCAACCUGUUAACACUGGCAUGGCCCCUGUUUCAUCUAUGGCUGGAAAUAGUGGCUUCACUGCCAGUUUACACAGUGAACCUCCAGUCUAUGCCAACCUCAGCAAUUUCAACCCAAAUACACUCAGUGCAGCACCUAACUACAAUGCAAACAGCCUGGGCUAUCCUGCUCAGCAUCUGAACCCCCAGAUGCCAGUGCAGCAUCCACGCCUUCAAGCCCUGAAAGAAGAACCUCAGACUGUCCCUGAGAUGCCUGGGGAGACUCCUCCCUUGUCCCCUAUUGACAUGGAAUCCCAGGAAAGAAUCAAGGCAGAGAGGAAGCGCAUGAGAAACCGAAUUGCAGCCUCCAAGUGCCGGAAAAGGAAAUUGGAAAGGAUCGCCAGGUUGGAAGAAAAAGUGAAAACUUUAAAAGCGCAAAACUCUGAACUGGCAUCUACUGCCAAUAUGUUGCGAGAGCAGGUUGCUCAGCUGAAGCAGAAGGUCAUGAAUCAUGUCAACAGUGGGUGCCAGCUAAUGUUAACACAGCAGUUGCAAACUUUUUGAAGAGACGGUAACUGUAUACGGCAGGGAGAAAUUAAGCAAAAUAGAGUGAGAUUGGGGAGGUGGAAAUCUCUCUGGAGGGGUGGGAGAAAAUGCUUCAAGGCAUUGAUUCCUGAGGGUGCUUCCCCAAAAGCAUGCGUGGAGAGACUUUGAUGCCAUCUGAGGUGGUGGCAAGCCAGUCAACAGUACUGUUCCUGCUCGGAUGAGGCACAAAAGCAUUUUUUUAAACAUUGACCAAGACCUGCAUGGACCUAAUGUUCAGUGAUCAUUCAGUAUUAAAGGUUACACUGCAGUAGACACUAGAUGCUUUCGCUAGUACUCCUUUUAAGAAAAAGUUGGGGAGGGAGUUUGUGGGAAGCUAACAACAGAAGCUGAACUAUACUGCCUGCCUUCGAGUCAAGUUGUGUAUGUACAUAUCUUUUUUAUUUUAUGAAAGCUGAUGUCAAUAAAACUACUUCAUGACUUUGUAAGUUAUUUUUAUGUUCUUUUGGGUUCUUCCCAGUAUUGUCUGUAAAUAAGAGAUUUUUUUUAGUACUCUUGGGUUUACCAUUUGUAAUAAAGUAUAUAAUUUUUUAUGUUUUGUUCUGAAAACAAAAAUGCAGAAAGCGUUAUUUUAUUUAAGAAAACAUCAACAAUGCAUCACCUACUUCCUCUGAGAACUUCUAAAUCCAGCAUGUACAGUGUCCCAACUUGUGGUCAGAUGCUAGAACUGUUUCCCCUUUCUACAGCUUUGCUUAACAAACUCUUCUAUAACUUGGUUCUAGAAGAAUAUAAAAUUGAUCACCAUAGCUUCUGCCUAUUCUUGUAAAACUGUGUGCUCUAUAAAGAGCUAGUAGUUUGGUCAGAAGUCAAAAAUUAAGAAGGGGGAAGGGGAUCUAAAAAUUGAAGGACUAUUCCUUGUACUAGGAAUUUUCAAGUAUUGACAUUUCUCAUUUAGAUAUUUCAUUAAGCAGUUAUUUUUAUAACAUAUCUAAAUAUAGAGAAGUUUUCAAAAAGGGAAUCCUGAAAUGGGAAUUUGUCUCCUUAAUGCUUUUGUUAACUCUUAGAUGAAAGAUGGUCUUUGUUCAUGAGUAUUUAUGACUAUGCCUGUUGUCCAAUAAAAUUCUAUUACUCCUUCCACA